AUGAGUAAGGGACCUAAGCUUAAUCAUGAGCAACAACUCCUUCUGUGUGCACCAGUUACUGAUCAAGAGAUAGCUGAAGGAUUGAAAGCAAUUGGGAAUGAUAAAUCCCUAGGGUUGGAUGGGUAUAAUUCUCAUGUGUUGUACAAAAUCAUCUCUAAAAUUCUUGCAUCAAGACUCCAGGAAGUUAUUGCAUCAGUUGUGUGUGAAGCUCAGACUGGAUUUAUUCCAGGAAGGAAGAUUUCUGAUAACAUUUUCCUUGCCCAAGAACUGAUGAUCUAUUGUUAUUUUCUAGGGGGGGAUGUUGAAUUUGUGGCCACUCUGAAUAGGUGCUUCAUGGAAUUCUCAGAUGCACCAGGUCUUCAAGCUAACAAAGAGAAAAACUCCAUUUAUUUUGGAGGGGUAGCUCAAGGGGUACAGGAUCAAAUUCUAAAAUUCUUAGGAUUCUUAAAAGGAGAACUUCCCUUCAAAUACUUGGUGAUACCUCUAGCUACUAAAAAGAUCUCAUUAAUGCAGUGGCAACCAUUGAUUAACAAGAUGGUAUCUCGAAUCACUUCUUGGACUGCAAAGAAGCUUUCAUAUGCAGGAAGAUCUCAGUUAAUUCAAACUGUCCUAUUUGGUAUCCAAGCUUACUGGUCCCAAUUGUUUGUUAUCCCCUCAAAAGUGUUAAGUACAAUUGAGGCCUACUGUCGAAGCUAUCUGUGGUCUGGCACAAACACAAUCACUAGGAAGGCUCUAGUAGCUUGGGAGAAGGUUUGCACUCCAAAGUCAAUGGGUGGACUAGGCUUGAUAAACAUGAGACUAUGGAACAAAGCUGCAAUAGCUAAAGCUAGUUGGGACAUUGAACGAAAGGCAGACAGGCUAUGGAUCAGAUGGCUGCAUGCUUACUACAUCAAGAAUCAGCAAUUUGGUCAAAUGGUUACCCCUCUACAGGCUGGUUGGAUGGUAAGAAAAAUGUUUGAGGCUAGAAGUACAUUGGCACUGAUUCAAAACAACACUGCUGGCAAUUUAAUUAAGCAAAUAUAUCUUCAGCUAAUUGGGAACAAUGAGAGGAUUCCAUGGAAGACAUUGAGAUUUGGGAAUGAUGCUCGUCCAAAAGCUCAAUUUACAGUAUGGCUACAAGUGCAUGGAAAACUUCUGACUGUUGAUAGAAUUGCUUCCUGGGGUAUAAAUGUUGAUCAUGUCUGCAAUCUAUGUAAUAGUCACAAUGAAACGAGAAACCAUCUAUUCAUGGAAUGUCCUUAUUCUACCAAAGUCUGGGAAGGUGUGCUAAAAUGGAUGAAGGUUCCUAGUUUCAAGAUAACACAAUGGGAACAACUGAAGAAAUGGAUCAUUCAAGGAGCAAAGGGUAAAUCACAGAGAGCUCAAGUAUUCAAGAUGGCAUAUACAGAAUGGGUGCAUACAAUAUGGAUUGAGAGGAAUCAGCGCAGAUUUGAAAGUAGAUCAAGGAGUUCAAAUCAACCGGUCAAGGUUCGACCCCAUGUCAUACCGGAUCAUGACACGAAGUUAGAUGGCCAAGCUCGUGACUCAGUGACCGAUCGAGAUCGAGAUCAGCCAAGAGCGAGACCGAGCGGGAAAGAGAUCGAGCAAGAUCGAGGGAAGCAUGUCGAACCAAAUAACGGAAAGCCAAGAUAUCCGCGAUUAGGCGAGGAUCACGGCGCAAAUCUCGCCACGUAUCAAGGAGAGGCCGAUUUAUCAGUUGAUCAUGGGAUUUCUUACCGUAUUAUACUAGGAGUAGGACUCCCCUACUAUAUAAAGGGGAGUUGA